GAAAAUGUUGGCACUCAAUUCAAUCUGGUAUUCAUCUUUCCUCAAGUCCCUAGGCAUAAUCGAAGCUACCAAAAUGAAGAGAAUCCUCGGCCUUCAGCAGUCUGUUCCUUAAGUUUGAUCCUUUGCGAGCAUAUAUCAUAAGAAUAUUGUAUGGUUUAGUCAAAAUACCCUACUCCACGAGAGAGAGAGAGAGAGAGAGAGAGCGAGAGAGAGAGAGAGACUCUGCCACGCUACAAACGGUCACCACGUUUAUAAAUUUGAAGACCCUGCACAGAGUUUGUAUUCCCGCCUUCCCUUGUCACGGAGAUGCCAUAUCCUGAUCUCUACAUCUCAAGCGCUCCUCCUCCAUUCCUCGGUCGCCUUCUCCGAUUUUUCUCCGCCUUCCCCAGGCCCAAGUGGAACUCCAACCGCAACCUUGUCGUCACUCACCCUAUCCUCUCCAUCAUGGAGUCCUGCGACUCCAUGGCCCACCUCAAGCAGAUACAGGCCCGCUUGACCACCGCCGGACUCAUGUCCCACCGCUUCCCGGCCAGCCGCGUCCUCGCCUUCUGCGCCCUCUCCGAUCCCAGCGACAUGGCACAUGCCGCCCUCGUCUUCCGUGGUAUUUCCAGCCCCAACCCUUACAUCUGGAACACCAUGAUCAGGGGCUACAACCGGGCCAACUUCCCCCUCUCAGGUUUCUCCUGCUUCCGCCGCAUGGUCCGCGACCGUGUCGAGAUGGACGGCCGCAGCUUUGUCUUCGUGCUGAAGAGCUGCGAGCAGCUCCCGGAGGCUUCGCCAGGGGAGGGAAUCCAUUGCGUAGCUUGCAAAGCCGGCUUUAUAUCACAUUUGCUCGUGGGGAACGGCUUGGUGCGCUUUUAUGCGACACAGGGGCCGUUGGCCUCUGCGAGAAGGGUGUUCGAUGCUUUGUCUGAAAGGGAUGUCGUCUCUUGGACUACAAUGAUUGAUGGCUAUUCCGAAAGCAGAAAGCCACAUGAAGCAUUGAGGCUCUUCUAUCAAAUGCUGAUGACGGGUACCCAACCCAAUGAUAUCACUUUCAUCGCCAUACUUUCAGCAAUCUCUCAAUUGGGUGAACUAAAAUUUGGCAGGUUGAUGCAUGAUAAUAUUGGAAGAAGUGGCAUAGAUGCCAGCAUCAAUCUUCUUAAUGCUUUGGUGGAUAUGUAUGGGAAGUGUGGUUCUGUGGCUGAUGCAAAAGAAGUUUUCGACGACAUGCCGAUCAAGGAUGUUUUUUCAUGGACUUCUAUGAUGAGUGCAUAUGCAAAAUGUGGUAACCUAGAUCUUGCAAGGCAAUUAUUUGAUAAUAUGCCUGAAAAAAAUGUGGUCACUUGGAGCAGUAUGAUUGCAGCAUAUUCACAAUCAAAUCAACCUAAACAAGCAGUACAGUUGUUUUACGAGAUGAUUGCAGCAAAUGUGAAGCCUAUAGAGGCUACUCUGGUGAAUGUGCUUUCAGCAUGUGCCAUGUUAGGUUGCUUGGAUCUUGGUAGAUGGAUCUAUGAACAUUAUAUAGAUGGCAAAAUGAUCAGACUCUCUGUAAAAUUGGCAAAUGCUUUCAUAGACAUGUAUGCUAAAUGUGGAGAUAUUGCAGAAGCAGCUAAAUUGUUUGAUGAGAUGCCAGAAAAGGAUGUGGUGAGUUGGAAUACAAUGAUCUUGGCAUAUGCUGUACAUGGUUAUAGCAAAGAGGCCUUAUUCCUUUUUGAACAUAUGAAGAAUACACAACUAAUGCCUGAUGACAUCACAUUUGUCGGUGUCUUAUCUGCUUGCUGUCAUGGCGGCUUAGUCGUCCAAGGUCGAAGGCACUUUGCAGACAUGAAAUCAAUUUUUGCCAUUGAACCCAAGGGUGUACACUAUGCAUGCCUGAUAGACCUAUUUGGUAAAUUUGGGCUCUUGAAGGAAGCUCAUGAGUUGGUAAGGGGCAUGCCGGUGGAGCCAGAUGGAGCAGCAUGGGGUGCUCUCCUUAAUGCAUGCAGGAUGCAGGGUAAUGUGGAAUUAGGAAAGUUUGCAGGUGAAAUGCUUUUAGGCUUGGAACCUGGAGACAGUGGUAUAUAUGUGCUUAUGGCAAAUUUGUAUGCCACAAGAAGAGAAUGGGAUGAUGUGAAGAAGGUGAGGAAGAUGAUGAAAGAGAGAGGAGUUAAGAAAACUCCUGGUUGUAGCUCAAUUGAAUUCGAUGGGAAGUUCCAUGAUUUUCAUGUUGCUGAUGUGUCACAUUUGCAAUCUAAAGAGAUCUAUGCAACUUUAAACAACAUUUACACACAAUUAAAGAUAGAAGGCUAUGUUCCUCAGGCAAAGUGUUGAUAGGGUCGCACAAAGGUGGCUCAAUGUCUACAAAUGACAAGAUAAGAACCUCACUGAGAUUGACUGGUACCAUGCUGAUCUUAACAUAAACAAGAGCUUGAGAUAAGAACCUCUCCUCCUCUCCAGUACAUUAGCCAGAGCAGUAUUGAUUCAGUGCAUACCAUCAUAUUGACACAUGAUAUGCAGCUUACUGGUUGGUACAUACCAAUGAGAAGAGGGGAGGGGAACAAGGAGAGGAGGAGAGGAGGGGGACGGGAAGGAGGAGGAGAGGAGGGUUGUUGACAGUCAAUAUAAGAAAAAUAAAUAAAAUAUUUCAAACUGGAUAGGAUGAAAUUGUCUGGUCCGAGUGCCAGUUCCUGAUGGGCACAAUAAAUACCAGCUGGUCCAUAUCAGGCCAACUGAUUUUUUUGAAUGUUAAUAAUAAGGGUCCACUGCAGAUUGCUAAAAUGCUAAAUGCAGUGGAACUUCUUUGCCUUUGGAUAUGUUAUUCGAUACACGGAAGCUGGCAGCUUUAUUUUGAGUUAGAACAUGGUAUGAAUAUCAGUAAAUAUUUAAAUCCAAUGGCGAAAGAGCAAUUACCAGUUUCCAGUAGUAAAGCAGUCAACAUGUGCUCUUCACAAAGAAUGCAGUUGCUUGAGUUCAGGUAUCAUCCUGCAACAUGUAAUAGUAUACAUAUGAGAUUUGCACUUUGUGUUUACAAAUUAAAAUUUUCGUUUUAACAAAGUUAAAUCCA